AAAUUAUUUAUAUAUUCUGGCAAUAAUUAUAAUUAAUAUAAAUUUGUGUAUUGAAGAUACUUAAGAUAAGUGAUUAAAUCGAAGGACGAUUAUUCAUUCAAUGACGGUCCAUGUUCAACAGAUAUAAAAACUGAGAGUUUGAUUAGAUAAUUUAAUAUAUUUUAUUGCGUGAACAAGUGCCGGUGAUAAUCUAUUUUACUAUAGUGUUUGCUGGGGUGUUUCAGUAGAACCACAGAAUUUAAAGAAGGAAGGUUAUUUAAAAUUUCAUAUUUAAUACAAUGCCAAACAGUGAAUUGCGAAGAAGAAAAGUUAAAGAGCACAAUGAUAAAGCAAUAGGAAAGAAAAAGAAGGCAAAAACUGUCACACCUAGCUCUAUUCAUACAUCAUUAUUAUGCCUGAUUUUGAGUGGUACAAUUUUGACUCUGUUUUUAGUGAUUUACACGGACGAAAUACCAUGGCAUUUAGCAAACAGGGUAAUAGAUGACGCAGCCAAAAGAUUUCUUGGUUAUUAUAAGCCCGUACAUGCAGUUGUUAUAGAUGCGGGAAGUACAGGAUCGCGAGUUUUAGCCUAUACAUUUCAUAAAUCUUAUAUAGGUUCCAAUUUGGUAUUAGAUAAGGAGUUAUUUGAAUACAAUAAGCCAGGAUUAUCUUCAUUUGCCAAAGAACCCAAGAAAGGAGCAGCCAAAAUUGCAGCCCUUUUAGAACUUGCGAAGAAUGAAAUCCCACAAGAGUAUUGGAGCAAAACACCCUUAAUAAUGAAAGCAACGGCCGGUUUGAGACUACUGCCACCAGAGCAAGCAGAAAACCUAUUAACGGAAGUUAAGAAGGUAUUCAAAGAAACCCCAUUCCUUACUGACGAUAAUUCGGUUGAAAUAAUGGACGGCGUAGAUGAAGGAAUAUUUUCUUGGUUUACAGUAAAUUUCUUGUUGAAUCGAAUUAAUUCGAACCCAGCGAAUACGGUAGCAGCCUUGGACUUGGGCGGUGGUUCUACGCAAGUAACAUUUGCCGCUUUAACACCGUCUAGUCUUCAACAUUCGGAUAAUAUUCAUAAAGCUGUUUCGCCCACCGGUACCGUACCAGUAUUUACCCAUAGCUACUUGGGUUUGGGUCUUAAAGCGGCCCGAAAAUCUGUGAUAUCCCAUUUAAACGGAGACAGCGCGAAUGUGACUUGCGAGUGCGUUAAUCCCGUAAUUAAAGGAAGGCUGUUUCAUUAUAAUGGACAUGAUUACUAUGUGAGUGGUCUUCAAGAAGGUUACCCAACCUCGAAGGUUUUAGGAAGUGAAAUGUCGGUACGCGAAGAAAUUCCUGUAGUGGAUUUCUCGAAAUGCACAAAAAUCAUAUCCGCUUAUAUUGACGAAAUGGUUAGCAUUAGGAAACCCCCGGACGAGUUGCCUUCAAAAGCAAUAUUCGCUUUUAGCUACUAUUAUGAUAAAGCCAGUCAGGUCGGACUAAUUGAUUUUGAUAAGGGAGGACAAAUUAAGAUAGCAGAUUUUAAAAAACAAGCGGAAAGAGUAUGCCACGAAGCGAAUCCGGAACAGCCAUGGAUAUGCUUGGAUAUGACUUACAUUUGGUUGUUACUUGAACGAGGCUUUGAACUUCAGUUGGAUACGAGAAUCUAUCUAUAUAAGAAAAUCGGUGGUCACGAAAUAACUUGGGCCUUAGGAGCGGCCUAUGACGUUUUAAGAAAAUUGAAUAUCUUGUGAACCGAGUGAUGUCUAGGAGAACGUGCCUUCAAAAAUUACGAAUUAAACGUACGGAUAGGAACAAAUUUACUUUAACUCUGUUAUAUUGCACAAUGGAAUGAAAGACAUUUUUUAAUAAGUAGUUUGUUAUCAGAAAAUUUUAGUCAUUAUUAUUAAUUAAAUAUACGUACUUCAAUCUUUCCAUUAGAUAAACUCUAGACGUUUAUAUAUGUAUAACUCGACAUCGUUAAUGUAUGAGUGUCAUAUUGUUUAGGCUGUGCAACAAAUUCCAUUUUGUUUUAAGUGUAGAUUUUGGGUUUUUAAAUAAAGGUAUGUAAAAAAAUAA